AUCUGGAAACAAACAGUGACCUCAACAGUGAUGACUUUGAAUAUGAAGAUGAAGCAAAACUCGUUAUAUUUCCUGAUCACUACGAGAUCUCAUUACCCAAUAUAGAAGAGUUACCAGCAUUGGUGACAAUCGCUUGUGAUGCAUUCCUCAGCGCAAAGUCGCCUUACAGGAAGCAGGACCCUGACUUCUGGGAAGAAGAGCUGCAGGCAUCUAAACAUGCCAAAGCACUUGUACAGUUAGACAAUGGUGUUAGAAUUCCCCCCAGUGGUUGGAAAUGCUCAAAAUGUGACCUGCGGGAGAAUCUGUGGCUAAACCUGACAGAUGGUUCUGUGCUGUGUGGCAAGUGGUUUUUUGAUGGCUGUGGGGGGAACGGGCAUGCAAUGGAGCACUACAAGGAGACGGGUUAUCCCCUGGCAGUGAAGUUGGGAACCAUCACUCCUGAUGGAGCAGAUGUCUAUUCCUUUGAUGAAGAGGAGCCAGUUUUAGAUCCACAUAUAGCAAAACAUUUGGCACACUUUGGAAUUGAUAUGCUGCAGAUGCAAGUGGCAGAGAAUGGGCUAAGAGAUAAUGAUCUAAAACCAAGAAUCUCUGAAUGGGAAGUGAUUCAGGAAUCUGGUGUGAAACUCAAGCCCAUGUAUGGCCCAGGAUACACUGGCAUGAAGAACCUGGGCAAUAGCUGCUACCUCAAUGCUGUCAUGCAAGCCAUUUUCAGCAUCCCAGAGUUCCAGCGAGCGUAUGUGGGAAACCUUCCACGAAUAUUUGACUACUCUCCUCUUGAUCCAACACAAGAUUUUAACACUCAGAUGGCUAAACUGGGACACGGCCUUCUUUCAGGCCAGUACUCUAAGCCACCCAUGAAAUCUGAGCUUAUUGAGCAGGUGAUGAAAGAAGAACACAAGCGUCAACACAAUGGAAUAUCUCCCCAAAUGUUUAAGGCUUUUAUAAGUAAAGGCCAUCCGGAAUUCUCCUCCAACAGACAACAAGACGCUCAGGAAUUUUUCUUACAUCUUAUAAAUCUAGUAGAGAGGAACCCUGUAGGUUCAGAAAACCCAAGUGAUGUUUUCCGGUUCCUGGUGGAAGAACGCACCCAAUGCUGCCAGUCCCGAAAGGUCCGCUACACAGAAAGGGUGGAUUACAUCAUGCAGCUACCCAUUGCCAUGGAGGCAGCAACAAACAAAGAUGAAUUGAUUGCCUAUGAAUUGAAGAGGAGAGAAGCAGAAGCUGCAAGGAGGCCUCCACCAGAGCUUGUCCGUGCCAAGAUCCCAUUUAGUGCAUGCCUGCAGGCCUUUGCCGAGCCAACCAACGUAGAGGACUUCUGGAGCAGUGCCCUUCAAGCAAAAUCCGCAGGAGUUAAGACUUCUCGGUUUGCUUCGUUUCCUGAGUACUUAGUGGUGCAAAUCAAGAAAUUCACCUUUGGCCUUGAUUGGGUACCCAAAAAGCUUGAUGUUUCUGUAGACAUGCCAGACUUCCUAGAUAUCAGCCACCUUCGGGCCAGGGGUCUCCAGCCAGGAGAAGAGGAACUUCCAGACAUUGCUCCUCCCAUUGUCAUUCCUGAUGACCCGAAAGAUCGGAUGAUGAACCAUUUUGUGGAGUCUCUAGAUAUUGAUGAGUCUUCAGUUAUGCAGCUGGCAGAGAUGGGUUUUCCUUUGGAAGCGUGUCGGAAAGCUGUGUACUACACAGGCAACCUGGGUGCUGAAGUCGCUUUCAACUGGAUCAUUGCACACAUGGAAGAACCAGACUUUGCUGAGCCAUUGGUCAUACCUACAUUUGGAGAAGGUGCUUCCAGUGCUGCAGCUGCGUUUGGAGCUGUUGGGCUAGAUAACCAGCCUCCCGAAGAGAUGGUGGCAAUUAUCAUCUCCAUGGGCUUCCAGAGGAAUCUGGCAGUUCAAGCACUGAAGUCAACAAACAAUAAUUUGGAGCGUGCACUGGAUUGGAUCUUCAGCCACCCUGAACUUGAGAAAGAAAGUGAGCCUGGUUUGGACAUGAUGAACAUGGAGAACAGUGCUAAUGCCAAUAUUCUUGCAGAGACAGGGCCACAAGGACCCAGGAUUAAAGAUGGGUCUGGAAGAUAUGAGCUGUUUGGGUUCAUCAGCCACAUGGGAACAUCCACAAUGAGUGGCCACUACGUUUGUCAUCUCAGAAAAGAAGGAAGAUGGGUGAUCUACAAUGACCUCAGAGUCUGUGCCUCAGAACGACCUCCCAAAGACCUGGGCUACAUUUAUUUUUACCACAGGAUACCAAGUUAGGCCUCAAAUCUAUUACCUGGCCUUAAGAAACCAUAAGCCUUUUUAACCUGCCCAAA